GUUAAUCAGUGAGGAACAUACCAGAGUUGCUACAGAAAUCUAAGGAUGUGGAAAAUGGAGCAGAGAUGCUAGCUAGAAUGAAGCAUUUGCAUGAUAAGAUGCUCCCUGUAACAGUGACUAAACGCACAACAGAAUGGAUGGGGUGCUAAGAGGAUUGUAUGAGCCAUGGAAGCAAAAACUGGUGUUAAUUUUGUCAUGAAGAGCUGGGGUGCCUCUACUUUGAUCACUGUCACAGUGGCCAUGGCAACAAUUGGGCCAUCCCUAGCAAGAGGGCCCAUUCAAAAUAACUUUGCAGUCACAGCAAUGAUGGCAACCAAUGCUACAUCUCAGGAGGCAGAAGGUAAAUCGAGUAUGUCUGCAGUGGUUGGUACUGAUGUUGUACUGAAUUGCCCUCAACAACGUUAUGACCUACUUGUAUGGAAUGUAAAAUUAAAGAAUGGAAGAAGUUGCCAUAUAUCAUAUGAGAGUGUGCGAAAUAUGACAGACAAAAACUGCAGUAAGAACACGAUGUGGUCAUCUAGACCAGAUCAGUCGCCUGAUGUUCAUAUUAAAUCAUCACAACUUUUCAAUGAGGGAAUAUAUAAGUGUUCUGUUGUAGCAACUAAUGGAACUUUCAACCACGAAUCUGUUCUAACCAUUUUAGUGCCUCCUGAGGUAUCUCUGACUCAUGACAUCCAUGGGUCUGCUGUGUGCAAGGCAGCUGCAGGGAAACCAGCCGCAAAAAUUUCGUGGGCCCCACCACAAGCUUCUAAGACCGUAAUGGAAGCAGGGCCUAGUGGCACACAGACCAUCACCAGUACAUAUAAUAACACCAAUGCUACAGAGGGUGAAGUGACUUGUUUCAUCUCCCAUCCUGCUUGGAAGGAAUCCCGUGUCUUAAAUAUCUCAAUAGGCAAAUACAGUGCAGAAAGGAAUUCUACAAUGAGAAUUCUCUAUAGCAGCCUCACCGGUCUCUUUGGAAUUCUGGUCAUUCUACUUUUCAUUUACUUCUGGAGGGUCUUCUAUGGAAGACAAACAGAAGCCACCACAUCCAAAAGCCCUGAAACAAUUUCAAGACAGAGCAUCCAGGAGAAUGAGUUGGAGCCGUAUGCCACCUUUGUGCAAGUGGAAAAUGUGAUCUACGACAAAGCAUGUGACUUCUCACAGGGUGAAUGCUUCCCUCCAGGGCUCUCACCUUCAACAUGAGACGUAACCUGACUUGAGUGUUUUGGGGAAAUGUAGAAGAGAAAGACACAUAGUAGCGGUGAAAGGCAAUUGAUAUUCCUCUCAAGUGACUGUCCCACCUUUGGACUUCCUACAUCCUUGUCACAUGCCCAACGGCCUGUUGUCUCUGACAAUGUCCCCCACAUAGUCAGUGAUUGAAAAGCCAGAGCUGACAUGUAUAUGUGCAAAAGAGAUACAGAGCAGAUUAAUUCUACAGUUCUCUCUAGGACCCACAGAAUUCUUCCAAGAACCCUGACAGCCUGAAAUAUUCUGUUCUGCAUCAUGAAUCUUCUUUUUCUCACACUGAUUGAGGAUACACAGCCACCAUUUCCCCAGCCUCACCAUUUAGAAAGCUGUUUUGAAAGCUAUGAGAAGAGGCAAUUCUAAUUCUAAUAGAGAGCCAGUGUGGUGUAGUGGGCUGGGUGUCAGUGGAGUGAUGGGCUGGGUGUCAGGAGACCUCACUUGGCCAUGAAGCUUACUGAGUGACUUUGCGCCAGUCUCUGGCCCCA